AUGGCAAUGGCUGAGCAACAAUGGUCAAAUCACUAUCCAAGUUCGUGGAGUAGCAUGCGAUCAGAGCAUGCUGUUAGCAAUCCGAUUAUGGUGCAAGGUAAUACUAAUGUUGGUAUUGCUGGAUCUAUAAGAUCUCGAGAGAAUUCACUUUGCACACAGAUGAUCGCUAAUGUAUUGGGCUCAUCCACGGGAAGUUUGAAUGCUGAUACAAAAUUCAUAAAUGCUGUGAAACUAGAAGAUGGGAAAACGAUUGACAGAAAUGACGAUAAACCAGUUAAGUCGACGAAUGAUACGUUGGGAUCGAACACGUCGACACCAUUUGUGCAUAUACCCUAUCAACUGCAAGCAGAUUCUCUUACUUUGGGUUCUACACCGGAAAUUCAGGUUAGUCUAUGA